AGUGACAAUCCAGUCGUUCUCCAACUCGUCGCGACUUCACACGACCAUUUUUACUUGAUUCUUUCAUUUUUUCCUCACACAACUCCUUCAGAAUCUAUGCAAUUUUUAUCGUCUCCCAAAAUAUAUAUAAAGCAUUUUGGACAAUUGUGUGAUUGAAGACCAAAUUGACUUUCAUUUCAUUUGAGUAUUUUCCUUACUAUAUUUAAUGUUGCUAUCCCUUCCUAUCGACCCUUCUUAUCGUGUGGCAAUGUUGUGUAGAGAGAGAAGCUCUGACUGAUUCUGCCGGAGUGUUCGAUUUUGGUUGUUAUUUUCUAUGCCAACAUAAGGUUUUACAUGAUAUUAAAAAAAUAUAUCUAUGAGCUGUGAAGGACAAGAAAAAGGUGACAGACAAUUUGGAUGCUUCGGAAAACGGUGAAAAGGCAGGAAAUCCACCGUGGAAACUUCCGAAAAGCUCCUGCAAAAUUCACUUCCCCGAAAAUAAGGGCAAGAGAAAAUGUUGCAGAAGAUGCGCAAAGCUAAAAUUACAAUUUCUUCAUAUCUCUUGUUUCGUCUCGUUAAAUUUCUUAUUUAGCUGAGACAUUAUUAUUUAUAAAAAAGGAUUUCUCCAGUACGACUAUCAAGCAGUUGAUUUGCUCAAGAAAAAAAAACUGUUCAGGCGAUAAGCUGAAAGGAAACGUAAAACCACCGAAAUGGGCAAUGGCAUGAAUAAGGUGCUUCCUGGGCUAUACGUGGGUAACUAUCGUGACAGCAAAGAUCCUCAGCAGUUGGACAAGCACAACAUAACGCACAUCCUUGCCAUCCAUGAUAGUCCACGACGUCUGCAUCCGGAUAAACACUAUCUCUGCGUCAUGGCGGCAGAUACACCGGAUCAGAAUCUUGCUCAGUACUUUUCCGUCUGCAACGACUUCAUUCAUGCAGCACGCCUUCGUGAGGGUAACGUUCUCAUUCACUGUCUAGCAGGAAUGAGUCGAUCUGUGACUGUGGCUGUGGCCUACAUCAUGUCCGUAACACCACUAACAUGGCGUGAAGCACUGAAAGUUGUGCGAGCCGGACGAGCUGUGGCUAAUCCCAACCUUGGCUUCCAGAAUCAACUACAGGAAUUUGAAAGCGCUAAACUAUCAGAAGAGAGGAAGCGACUGAAAGAGAGAUUUCCAAGUUUAGCUCUUGAGCUUACGGAUCGUCAGCAAUGCAAUGAUGCUCUGAACAAUUACGAGGAACUGCUCUCCAACAAGGACAUCUGCGAAGGCCAUUGUGUUCGCGGAGAAGUCUGUCCAACAGGUAUGUGCAAUUCGGCGACGGGUAAAGGAAUUUUCAGGCGGAAAAGCAGUACAUCUUCUACGUCGUCGCGAAGCAAAUUGGCACCACCUGGGACAGCACAAUCUUGUCCUACGUCACCGCGACGUAGUCACAGAGUCAGCCGAGAUCCAGUUUUACAUGAUUUACCUGGAACCAGUGAAACCGAUGUUGAUGUACAACCCUCAACAAGUCUCCAUCGAUCAGCUAGCACUGUCAGCUCAUUAAGACCAAGGAGCAGUCCAGCUGGACUGUAUUCCUAUACAGGAUCCGCUCCAACAUCCGUCCAUGGAUCUCGCGUGGAUCUCUCAAAUGUAGGCACAGGAUCAGCAAUUUAUGUUGGAUGUGCUCCAAAUUCACGUGGUUCCGUGACAUCAGUCCCACGUCUUCAGUCCUCGAGUCGUUCAGGCUCUCAGCUCAGUAUCAUCUCUGUUUCAACUCCACCGAGUACUCCAAAGCGCUCUCAAAAACGAUGAAGCGCCUUUUACAUUCGCCCAACUGACAAAGUAAAGGAACCAUCAUUCAAGAGCAUUAUAUCAAUUGAAUAGUCAACAUUUCAUAGAGUUUAAGACAAAGAAGAAAGAAUUUAGAAGAAAACAACUACAAAAUUAUACUUUCUUUCCUGUUAGUAAUGCAACAAGAAAAAUUUGUGAGAUAAAUUUCCUUCUCCAGCAGCUUUUGUAGUAGCUGAGACACAUUAGUAACAAAGCUUUAUCACCAUUAGCCACAAAAUACAGCAAAAAAAUGUGCAAAGGAUGAUAAAUAGAAAAUAUAAUUGAUGAUAUUUUUGUGAUAUUAAAUUGAGAGAGUGAGAUAAAUCAAAGCACAAAAAAAACACAUUCAGAUCAUAAUGUGCAAAGAGGUGCGAAGAAAUUAAUAAUUUCAUAUUUUUUUAGAUUGUUAAAUAAAUACGAAAGCAAUUUUAAAUUAUUAGCGCUUAUUAGAAGAAUGAUAGCGUGUGUAUGACAAAAAUUAGAGAAUCCAUAUAAGGAAAAAAAAGUUGUUGAACCCUUGUAAAGUUUAUAGAAUUGUUAAUGAGUGAACGGAUAGUUGAGCCCGAAAGUAAAAGGAGUUGUUAGGAAAAGAGAAAUGCAGUUUUGCAUGUAAUUUUAGAUAAAUUUUCGCCCAACAAAUGCAAAACCCAUGGCCCUAUAUACCCUUCUCAUAGAGAAUCCGAUAAAUGAUGAAUAUGCAUCAUCAUGAUACCCCUUGAGGUUCAUGAAGUAUUUUUACACCUUUUUAUUACACUGAGGAAUUGUAACUUAGAAUGAGAAUAUUUUGCUGUUAAAUCAAGUCAAUCUUAAUGGAAGUUUGUAUUAAGGAAUUUCUCAAGUAGCACAAAAAAUUAAUUAAACAUUACAAAAGCAUAUUUUAUUUAAUUAGUGGAAUGAAUAUUAAAAAAUAAUAGUAAAUCAAAUUAAAUUAUUAAUACUUAAUUGAAAAAGGAUAAACCCAGUAGAUUUAUGAAAUUCAAGGAGUUUUUUUUUAGAAAUUGUAAAAUCAUAAGUCGGGUUCUUUGAACUAAAAUAAUUUUAGAUGUGCAUAAAGAUAUUUUGGUAAAACCAAAAUUUUCCUUCCUUUUAUCUUCCCGAAAAAUGACUUUUUUAAACAUCUAAAAAUAGAAUUUCUUAUUGCUCAAAUAAUUUACAUAAUUAAGAAGCCUUUUCUGGUCCAAUCUUCAUCGAGCCAUGAAAUGCACAAAUUGUGUUGCAACUUUUUCAUAACUUUUGUAAGAUUCAUGUGAAACGUUGUAACUUAUAUUUCACCAACAGCAAUAUAAUUAUAAUAAAAGAGGUGCCCAUAGAAAAUGACUUAUCGCUUUAUAUUGUGCUUAUCUUUUUUAUUUCGGUAAUUUAUCUGUCAUCUUAAACGAAUAAAUGACACUUGUGCUAAACUUCGUAUUUUCCAAUAAUUUCAUGAAAUUCUUAGCUUUCUCCUUUUGAAAAUUACUAUUAUGAUUUAUACUUAAAAAAAAAUUAUUUGGAACAUAGGUCAAGUAAAAAGUCCUGAGGCCUUUUCGCAAGAUUUCUUUAGUGAGGAAUUGGAUGAAAAACUGACGUGAUACGUAUAGAUAGAGAACUUUCUGGUGAUAGCCAGUGGAUUUUAAGUCACCUCACAGAGAAAAACCUAACAAGACCGCAUUUAACUCUUUCGCGUCAUUAGGGUCAUAUAUGACCCGGGGAAAAAACAAUUUCUUUUGACUAUUUACAUUAAUUGAAAUCUAUCGGUUUGUGCACAACAUCAUAAUAGAAGGAUGUAAGAUUCUUGGCUAAUUUUCUCAAGACUCCAGAUAUUCAGGAAAAGAAAAUAUUUGAGAUCAAAAAUCACUAAUUUCGAACUUUGUGAAAUGACUUUUCUUUUUCAAAAUUUUUUAUAUUCAUUUAUUUUUUUUAGCAAAAAGUUCUUUAGAAACACAAAAUAGAAUAUCCAAAGAUUGUAUAUUGCAUAUUUUGAUAUAAUAAAUUACUCUCAAUUUUCCAAAAAA